ACACCUGUGCCUGGGGCGGCGGAGUUUCCCGCUGGCUCGCCCGGGGUCGGCGGCAGGUGAGAAGUCCGGCGGGCGGGACCCGCCUCCUCCGGGCUCCACCUGCGCCAGAGCGGAGGCUGCCCCGCAGUCGCGGCCAGAGAGCGCGCCGACCUCCGCGCCGAGGUAGUCCCGGGCGAGGUUUGCAAGAAGAUGGUGAGACUCCACAGGUCAGCCGGAGCCUUGGAGAGCUUGUGCCUUUGACGGAGGAGAGACCGCUCUCUGCGCGCCAUGGCCCACCUGACGCGGCUGCUCCGGCGGCACUACGGCCCACUGAAGCUGGCUUUGGUGGGCGUCGUCUUUGUCAUCUUCCUCUUCAUCAUGCAGAGAGAUGUGAGCAGCGGGGAUCAAAGGGAGGAGCCCUGGCUGAAGAACAUUGUGGACAGGAAGGAUCAGAUGAUCGACAUCAUGAUGGGGGCGGUCAACAAUAUCCGGGACUCCAUGCCCAAGCUGCAGAUCCGGGCUCCGGUUCAGCAGGAGGCCCUUGAGCAAGACACCAAGUCCUGCCUGCCCGGCUACUACACACCCGCAGAACUGAAGCCCUUCAUGGAGCGCCCUCCGCAGGACCCCAACAGCCCGGGGGCCGAUGGCAAAGCUUUCAAGAAGGACCAGUGGACGCAAGAAGAGACGAAGGAGAAGGAGCGGGGCUACGAGAAGCACUGCUUCAACGCCUACGCCAGUGACCGGAUUUCCCUCCAGAGGGCUCUGGGACCAGACACUAGGCCUCCUGAGUGCAUCGACCAAAAGUUCAAACGCUGCCCGCCCCUCCCGACCACCUCCGUUGUCAUCGUCUUCCAUAACGAGGCCUGGUCAACCUUGCUUCGCACUGUGUUCAGCGUCCUAUACUCCUCCCCAGCUAUAUUGCUAAAGGAAAUCAUUCUUGUGGAUGAUGCCAGUACAGAUGACUACUUGAAAGACGAGUUGGACAGCUAUGUGAAGCAACUGCAGAUAGUGAAGGUCGUCCGGCAGCUGGAAAGGAAGGGUCUGAUCACUGCCCGGUUGCUGGGUGCCAGCGUUGCCACGGGAGACGUGCUCACCUUCCUAGAUGCUCACUGUGAAUGUUUCCAUGGGUGGUUGGAGCCUCUCUUAUCGCGCAUUGCUGAGGAACCCACCGCUGUGGUCAGUCCAGAUAUCACCACCAUUGACUUGAACACUUUUGAGUUUUCCAAGCCAAUUCAGUAUGGGAAGCAGCACAGCCGGGGCAACUUCGACUGGAGCCUGACUUUUGGAUGGGAGUCCAUCCCUCAGCAUGAGAAGCAGAGAAGGAAAGAUGAGACUUAUCCCAUCAAGACUCCCACAUUUGCUGGCGGACUCUUUGCCAUUUCCAAGUCCUAUUUUGAGCACAUCGGCUCUUACGAUGAUCAGAUGGAAAUCUGGGGUGGGGAAAACGUGGAGAUGUCCUUUCGGGUUUGGCAGUGUGGGGGCCAGCUGGAGAUCAUCCCCUGCUCCGUGGUUGGCCACGUGUUCCGUUCCAAGAGUCCCCACACCUUCCCCAAAGGAACUCAAGUCAUCUCCAGGAACCAGGUGCGUCUGGCGGAAGUCUGGAUGGACGACUACAAGGAAAUCUUCUACAGAAGGAACCAGCAGGCCUCCCAGAUGGCUAGAGAGAAAACGUAUGGAGACCUCGCUGAGAGGCUUGAGCUGAAGGAGCGGUUACACUGCAAGAACUUCACCUGGUACCUACAAACCAUUUAUCCCGAGAUCUUCAUCCCAGACCUUACGCCAGCGUUUUACGGAGCCAUUAGAAAUGAGGGUGCCAAACGGUGCCUGGAUGUUGGAGAGAACAACCAUGGAGGGAAGCCGCUCAUCAUGUACCCCUGCCAUGGGAUGGGAGGCAAUCAGUACUUUGAAUACACAUCCCAGCGAGACCUGAGGCACAACAUCGGCAAGCAGCUCUGCCUCCGUUCCAAGAUGGGACCCGUGGAACUGGGAGACUGUCACUAUACAGGGAAGCACUCACGGGUGCCGGAAAAUGAAGAAUGGGAACUGACUAAUGAUCACCUCCUUAAAAAUGUGGCAUCUAACAAAUGUCUGUCUGCAAGGGGAGAGCAUCCUUCCAUGGCUUCCUGCAACUCUGCAGAUCCCCAUCAGCUUUGGUACUUCAGCUAAGCAAUCCUGGCCAAGACCACAUAGCCUGUUGCCAAGGUCCUCUUGUGAAAGUUUCUGUUCUCUUAAUUCCACUACCAAGAAGACAGAGGACAAGUUCAGAGAAAGAAGGGAACCCAGUCAAAUAUGCUGCGCAAUCACACUUGACUUACAAAACACUUUUGUGCCUUUGUGGGAUGGGAUAGUCAAAGAGGACACAGCGAACCUUGGUGUAUCUUUAGUUCUUUUUAAUUAAGUAAAAUUCCAAGCCAGUGAGUUUGCCCUUUAGAGUACCAUAAGUAUUGUUAAUCAAAGCUCCAUAUUGUGAGACGGACAACAACGGUGGUUUUAUUUUGCAGUAGAUUUAAGGUGGGGGGGCGUUGAUAGGAUGUAAAAUAUUUUUUUCCCUCUUAACUUUUGUAUGCUGUGAGCAGCGUAGGAAGUAGCAGUUUGCAGAGGUGCAGAGCCUGUCCUAAGAAAUAGUUUACCUGUGGGAUAGUUUGGGAAAUAACUGAUGCCAAAGAUAAGAAUGACUUUAAACUCUGUUACAUAGGAAAAGCAUCUUCUGGCCACACGGAGACUGUGGAAGGAGAAACUGCAUUGUAAAGACUUUGGGGGGACAUUUAUAAGAGUUUAUCAUCUGUGUUCCCCCCCCCCAAAAAAAAGAUCUUGCACACAGAUGCAGUGCAGAAACUGUUGUCCCCCCAAGUUUCAGUAGGUCAGGACUGCAUUUUACAAUAGUGUAACACUGGAGUGUGGUAUUGUUUUGUGGCUGAAAUCUUCACCUCUUUGCACAGCCCGUUGCCAGUGCCUUACCUUGUCAGGCCUCUCACCAUUGCGCUGCAAAUAAGUCCCUUUCUCUCUUUUUUAAAACAUCCUCAAGGCAGCUUAAUCCCUUUACCAAAGAGGGGAGAUGUACUCCCUGGACCUCAAACAAAGGAAUGAUGGAAGGGUAGCAUUUUUGCUAGGCCCUUCCUUACGACUCCCAGUGUCAGGGACCUGGUGUGCCUUUCUGAUCGCUGCAAUCCAGACCUCCAGAGGCCUUUGACAUGAACUUGACCCCCUCCCCACCUGUUUGAUUGUACACUGUGAUGCCUUAGAGCAAGGAAAGCUGCUAAUGUGCCUAUAUUUUUUAAGGCCAGAUGAAGAAGCUGCUUGCUUUGAGGGAACGGAUGCUGCAGAAACCUGCAGAAUCACCUUCAUGGAUGGGAUUGUAGAGACUACCCAACAGGGAAUGAGUGUGUGCGUGCCUGUCUUUACAAAAACACCUGCUGAAGUAAAUUAGAACAUGAUAUACUGCUAGUUGCAGUUGCCUGAUGGAGCAAAACCCUGUUUUCCUCAUUUGUUUUGUAUGCUGUUAAGAAAAAUAGCUUAUUUGUUUUGGGGAUGUCACUGGAGGUGGGGAUUUUUAUUUUUUUUCCAAAUGCAAGCCCAAGAUGCUGUUCAGCCACAAAGCAGCAGCUUCGUCGUGACUUCACAAUGAGCCUCUUCUUACCCAUAGCUUGAUUAGCUAUUGCACUGUCCAUUUAAUGCAAAGUGUAGAGAUGAAUUUGAAGGAAAAUGUACCUCCAGAACAUCCUAAGAAUUGGGUGUUUUUGAGCACACUACACUUUAAAAGCCGUUUGUUUGUGGCGUUUUUUGAAGAAAGACCAAAGGUGCUGACUGUUUCCCUAGAUUUUGAAUGCAGAGGUGACAUUGGUUUUCCCGUUGUGUUCAUUUCCAGGAAGGCUUUAGCUGAAAGGCAAAGACCUGCCUCGGGUAAAUUUCCAACUGGAAAUAAUAAAACUUAAAAUUCUAUUUUACAAGA